GACUCAGUGUAUGGAGAACAUCCUCUCUUUUCUAAAUAGAUCAUGGUUGGGCUUUGGAUCAGCAUUCUUGGAUAUUGGCUCCAAUUACAUCUUUCUGAGUGGAGUUUGGUCUAUUCUUCUAUACCUGUGGUAUUUGAUAUUGAAACCAUUCUUCCCACCACCUUGGAAAAGUCAGGACAUCAAAAAGUACCAGGGCUCAGCUAACAAAGGAAGGAGGAAAUCACUUAAAGGUUGUAGAAUGACCCAGAGAAAAACACAGGAACAGAGAAAGCUGCUGUCUAUUGCGCAAAGCCCCCUAGGCGAAGAGUAUGAUGCUUCCAACUUUCGGCAACUACUGUGUCCAGAUCCCUUCUGUGGUGUGUGUAAUGGAGCAACUGCUAAGAUCAGUCAUCUGCUUUCUCAGGCCACUCACCAAGAUGGUGCUGUCACUAUGUCCAGUAUGGACUCCACAGUUUCUAUGACGGAGACAUCACUGACUUUGUCCCUUCCUCUCCCAGAAAAUACUAUAGAAUAUCCAAUUUCAGACACUACAUAUGAGCCUUCUCUACAGUCUUCCUCCAUUAUUUCAUCUCACCAGAAUGAGUACCUAGAAGACACAUUCUCUCUCUCACCACUGGGUGGCUCUCUACUAUCAGAGUCUAUUCCUCCUGUAAAUGCUAAAUCCCCAUUGGACCAUAAUUCUCUCCAUCCACUUGCCUCUUUACCUCUUCCACAACAAUAUGCCACUCAGGAAACAGAACUGCUUCUCCAACCAACAACUGUUCUCUCUCUGGUGGACAGCCCUAUGGAGCUUUUCACUAAUGUCCCAAUAAACAACGGCAUUUGCAGUUCAAGUCAUGCAGUGUCGGAAUUUAUCCAGCAGCAGACUGAUACAGGCAACUCUUCCCAGUUAGAGUCAGCACAUCCAGUUAACCAAGAGCUUCUUGACCCCUAUUCUUCUGAAUCCUACUUAUGGGGAAACACCUCAACCUACCUCACAUUGCCUGGAAACCUUCACUUUUCCAGCCUUGGUGCCGUGGCAUUACUUGAGACACAAGAUGGAAGGAGGGCUGACUCACUUGAAACUUGGGAGAAAACCUCGGAGUUUGAUCAUCAGAACUUGGCAGUUUCCCAUUCUUUGGGGAGCAGUAAAGAGAGACUUCACACACCCCAGCAUUUGUCUUAUUCCAAGACCUCUGAAGAUCAGUUAGAGGAUAAACAUACCCAGUCCUUCUGGGGACUCCCUUCUCUACACAGUGAGUCCAUGAACUCUAUUGCUACUGUGUUGACUGACAGUUCCCCGAUCUCUGGGUGCUUCAACAGAUUCUCAGAUUCCCCAAUGCUUACCCACCGCACAACUCUGCCCUUGUCUGAAAGUCAACUACAUAACUUGUCCCAAAGUCUGUCCCAAUCUCAGUCCCAACCUGUCCCUCAAGCCAACCUCCAGGCCCAGCUGCAACCCCCAAAUCCAGUGCUGUCACCUCCUUCCCAACUUAGGAUCUGUGGGGUGUAUUUUCACAGCCCCCAGAAUGAGGCAGAACCUCUUGAGCCAUCUGCAAUCCACUGCCUGGAAUACAACAUAUUGAAAAAGGAACAGGAAAGAGUAUGGGGUUUACCCACUGUGGUCAAAAAUUCCCAGCAAGAAUUUUGUCCCCCACCUCCUAAUCCCUCAUUGGUCAGUCAGCUCUCCAAGACCCAUGUUCCAAAGUCCAUCUCUAUUGAAAACUGCCUUAUCACCAGUGAGCUCCAGAAGAAAUUUGAGCACCACCUUCGAAAGAGGCUCAUCCUACAACACUGGGGCCUGCCCAAGAGGAUCCGUGAGUCUCUGUUAUGGAUAAAUCCUCAGGCAGAAUUUCCAGAGUCACAUUCAUCCAAAAGCAACUAUGGGCUUUCAUGGAUCCCCUUCUUUAAGCAACAGAGAAAGAAAGACCUACGCAACACUAUUUUGAACCAACCUGGAAGCUUCCCAGCAAAGCAAUUAGAGGAGAAACUGUUGAAACUGUGUUCUAAGCAAGGCCUAGAAAUGGUUCAAAAACAGCAGACAUGGAGUAACACUAAGAGCACUCUAGAUAGUGGCCUGCAAUCUGACUGUGAGACAAACCUACAAUGCCACUCAGAUAGUCUUUCAUGCAAACCUUUAGGGACCUCAGAGGUGAGCCAAUGUCAGAAAAAACUUGAAACUUCUCUAAAAGAACAUUUGACCACACGUCUCAAUGAAACCAUUGAGGGUCAGAUCACUAGCACUAUGUCCAGGUCAAGAUAUGGUCCUUUCACUUUUACCUCUUGUGUGAACAAGAAAGAACACAAGGCCCAGAAGCCUUCUGAUAUCAAGGAUGGGCAUGUAAAGAACAUAUCUCCAGCGAAAAAGUCUGUCAAGCAACAGACAUCCUUUGACUUAGACAACACCAGCCUGGAAGAUUCAAAGGGCAAUAGACACAGCUCAGAUGUGCCCAAAAUGUUGGCUGAGGUCUUGGAUAAGAGACUAACUUCUGGCAAAACAGUCCAGCGCCCUCAAGCAACAAAGAUAAUUGACAAAAAUGUAUUUAUACCCAAUAAGGUUGGUAAGGGAGGGCAGCUCAGCGGCCUUCAACCAUGAUCUACCAAGAUCUUGAAUAUCAGCCAGUGUAAGAGUGCUCAAGGAGCAGAUGGGAAAACAAGAAAAGCACAAAAUACACUGUUAGCUGGAAGGGCCUGAAGGGAAGAUCAGGUCCCCAGGAGUGUCAGACAUCUGACUUUAACAGUCAGGUGUCCAGGGAAGAGAAAUUUAAAUCAGAAAGCAGUCAGCCCAUACAAGCUCUAAGGUCCCAAAAUGACAUGCUUCCUGUCUCAGAUAAAUUCACUUGCAAACCGUUAUUCAUUCGUGACCAGAGACCUUCCAUCAGGUUCACUUGUCCACAGCAGAGUUUAAUGUUGAACAGCAACAGGAGCCCUGGAUGCCUCCAUAUAUCUUAGACAAUUGCCAGAACAAAAAACUUCCCUCCAUCUGCCCAGAAGGCAUACCCUCUAGCCUGCAAAACAGAAGAGCUUGGUGCAAGUGAUGUUUUUAUUGGUCCAAAAAAAAAAAAAAAAAACAAUGGAUAGGAGACAGUGGCAGACAGAUCUGUACAGUUCCAGAAAUGUGUGGCUUUACAGAAGAAGCUACUGUGUCAGAGGCAGUGCCCAUCCAUGCCCGCCCAGUAGCCAGAAAUUCACCAAAAUCUCAUCUGUAGGUGUCAUUUUGACCAGGCACCUUCAGUUGCUACCCUGAGUUGUACACUCUGUGUCAGAAAGUCCAUCUCAAUUUUACAACAGAAAAUGCUUUUCCUGAAUUUCUCCCAGAAAAAAAUCACUCCCGU